ACCAGCACUUUAUAAGCUGCCACAACAUGACCAGAGAAGGACACCGCUUAUACCAGCUGAGCUGACAGAGGCACCGAGAUCUAGCAGGCCACAGUUAUGGGCAGUUUGGUGAGAACCUUUAUUUUCUUGGACCUGGAAGCCACAGGCCUAAACCAAGAUGAUCCUAAGAUAACAGAGCUGUCUCUGGUGGCUGUCCAUGUGUCCUCUUUGAGGAACCCAGUCCAUGAUGAUUCGGGAAAGCUGCAGUUACCCCGAGUGCUAGACAAGCUUUCUCUGUGUGUAGAUCCAGGGAAGCCCCUCACUCAGAAGGCUGCAGAAAUCACCGGUCUCAGCAAUGAACAACUGACCACUUGUGAGAAGCAGUUGUUCGAGGAGACUCUCAUUAACACCGUCAAUGAGUUUGUGAAUCGUCAGGCCCAGCCUGUCUGCCUGGUUGCCCAUAAUGGAUUUUCAUAUGACUUUCCCCUACUGAAGACUGAACUGCUGCAACACCAGCGCGAUUUCCCUAGUUCCAUGCUGUGCCUAGAUUCCUUACCAGCUUUAAGAUACCUGGAUAAUCAGAACCAUCCAAACACAGUCAAAGGGCGGUACUCCCUUCCAGAACUGUACCGACGUUACUUCGGCACGGAGCCAGAUUUGUCUCAUUACGCAGAGGGCGAUGUAAUAACUCUCAUCCUGGUCUUCAUGUCCAGAGCAGAGCAUUUGCUGGAAGCAGCCAGUUACAAGAGGUGGGGCGAGAUCGCCCCAAUGUACGGAUUACCCACAGUGCAGUAAUAACACGAUGCUUCGUGCUCAGCCGUGUGAUGGGACUGUAUAUAUAUAUUGAUAUUCUAUAUGAAAUAUUAACUAACACGUCCAUUCCUGACACUUUUUUAUUUUUUUCUCUGAUUUAGUAUCUUACCUCUGCAGUUUAUGGUAAAUGUGUAUUAUUGUUCUUUUUGUAUUGUGAAUUAAACUGAACUUUGUUUUUAUACCUUCAAA